UGGCUCUGGAAUGGUGCCCAACCACAUAUCAUUCUUGCUUUGUUCUUUACAGAGUUAUUUUCCAAACCAGAGCUGCUGGUGUCUUCCAACCAUCUGGACGAAGGAGGGAAGCUAGACUUGUCUUGUCAGAUUGAAGGGUCUCUUCCUGCCAACUUCACCAUCCAGAAGGAAAAUAUAACAAUAAUAAAUUCUCAGAAUUUUACAACGAGGGUCUGGGUACAUGACAGUGGGACAUACAGAUGCCUCGGUGCAAUCCGCAAUGUCAUCAAGGAAAGUGAUCCAGUCCAAAUAUCUGUUUUUGAAAUUGUCUCCAAGCCCAGGAUUUUUCAUAACUCAGCAUCUGAAGUAAUAAUGGGGAAGCUCUUAGAAAUCUACUGCCAGUCAACAAAUGGGACACCACCUAUUAUAUACCAUCUUUGUAAAAUGAACUCAUGUGAGAAUCAGAAAGAAAUGUACUCCAAUGAACCAGUAAAAUUCUUGGACAUGCCCACAGCAAACACAGAAUAUACCUGUAUUUCUAAAAACCACCAUUCUCAAGGGACAAUGGCUAGUGAUGUUCUGAAUGUUGUGGUCAUCGUUCCAGUUGCCAAGGUCAACUUAUCCAUUCUGCUCCAUGAAGAAGUAGUGAGUGGGAAAGAGAUCACACUCCAGUGCAGCACAGAUGGAGGGUCUUGGCCAAUUCACUAUAAGUUUUACAGACAUGACUCUGUAGUCCCUUUUACCACAAUAACCUCAAAUGAUACCCAAGCGUUCUGGCAUACUUUACAGGCCAGGAAAGAGGAUGAAGGACAGUACUACUGUACAGCUUCCAACAGAGCCAAUAUCCAUAGCAGGGUCCCAAAGAGUAACAUUAUUACUGUUAAAGUCACUCUUGCUCCAUGGAUGAAGAGUCUAAUUGCAGUGGUCAUCAUUGGUGCCAUAAUCACUGCAUUGAUUCUUCUGAUCAGAUGGUACUUUAAGAAAACAAAGGGUAAGUAG